AAAUUUGAGUAUUUCAUAUUACACCUCUGAGUCUGACUGACUGAAAUAUUCUCGUCUUCUCCGUCUAAAUAUUUUGUUACCCUUUAGAUAAAAAAACGCAAGCUAGAUCAAUCAUUCCACUACUACUUUUAUCCCAAAUGCAGAAAGAAUAGAACUGAAACAGAUUCUAUAAACAUCAUUUAUUUACGCACAACUUGAAUCAAUUGAAUCAACACAGAAACCCUAUCUAGAUGAAACAGGAACCUCAAAGAACAACAACAUGAUGCCACUGAAGAACACCAAUUCAUCCUGCAGUAUCCCUUCUCUCUUCAUCUCUCUCUCUAUACUCUGCAUUUUACCACUUUCCCUCUUCUUUUUCCACUCUUCCCCAACCCCAAUAAACCCAAAUUUCAACUUUCAAGAAUCUCAUAAUUCCAUCAAAGUUUAUAUAGCAGAUCUUCCAAGAUCCCUCAACUAUGGAUUACUUGAAAAGUACUGGUCUUUAGAUUCAGAUUCAAGAAUUGGGAGUGAAGUAGACAAUGAAAUAAGAAAGACCCAUACGGGCAAAAGUUCUCAAAAUUUACUUCCUUAUCCAGAAAACCCAAUAAUCAAACAGUACAGUGCUGAGUAUUGGAUCUUGGGUGAUUUGAUGACGCCAGAAAAGUUAAAGAUUGGAUCUUUCGCUAAAAGGGUGUUUAGUGCUGAGGAAGCUGAUGUGAUUUUUGUUCCUUUUUUUGCAACAUUGAGUGCUGAGAUGCAGCUGAUUGUAAAUAAGGGUGUGUUUAGAAAGAAGGAGAGGAAUGAGGAUUAUGAGAGACAAAGAAUGGUUUUGGAUUUUGUGAAGCAAACUGAAGCUUGGAAACGAUCUGGUGGACGUGAUCAUGUGUUUGUUAUUACUGACCCUGUUGCAAUGUGGCAUGUGAAGGCUGAGGUUGCUUCAGCAGUUCUUCUGGUGGUAGAUUUUGGUGGGUGGUACAAGCUUGACUCAAAAGCGUCUAAUGAGAGUUCAUCUGACAUGAUACAUCACACCCAAGUUUCGUUGCUGAAGGAUGUAAUCGUGCCUUAUACGCACCUACUUCCUCGUUUGCCCUUAUCUGAAAACAAGAAACGGGAAACCCUUCUCUAUUUCAAAGGAGCUAAACAUAGGCAUCGGGGAGGCAUCGUUCGAGAAAAGCUUUGGGACUUGCUAAUAAAUGAACCCGGGGUGGUGAUGGAGGAAGGCUUUCCAAAUGCCACUGGGAAGGAGCAGUCUAUAAAGGGUAUGAGGACUUCAGAGUUCUGCUUGCACCCGGCAGGGGACACACCAACCUCGUGCCGACUGUUUGAUGCCAUUCAAAGUCUUUGUAUUCCCGUCAUUGUUAGUGACAUCAUUGAGCUCCCAUUUGAAGGGAUGGUGGAUUAUUCAGAAUUUUCGCUGUUUGUAGCAGUUAGUGAUGCACUUCGGCCAAGUUGGCUCGUGAACCAUCUUAGGAGCUACUCUGACGAGCAAAAGGAUAAGUUUCGACGUAAAAUGGCUCAGGUGCAGCCCAUUUUCGAGUAUGAAAAUGGUCAACUGGGUGGAAUUGGUCCUAUACAUCCAAAUGGUGCUAUAAAUUACAUAUGGAGAAAGGUUCACCAGAAACUGCCCAUGAUUAAAGAGGUUAUUAUCCGCGAGAAGAGGAAACCUCCCGGUGUCUCAGUUCCACUUCGUUGCCAUUGUGCUUGAUAAGAUUUUUUAUUCUUUUAUUCUUUUCUUCAAAAGGUAAUUAUACAUCAUACAUGCUUCAUAUCACAAGAAGGAAAUAGUCUAGAUUUCCUUUAAGGUCUUUUUCCUACAAGUCUUUAGCCCAAAAAAAGGGGUUCAUAGUACACACUAAUAAUCAUUGUUUUGCAAAACGUUUUUGUUUAGCUAAGCAAAUCCGCCAGUUCCUAAAAAUAUGUAGUAAGGGCGGGGCUAUUCAAGCUGUCCAUGAGAUGAAAUGUGCUGAGUAUAUGUGAUUAAUGAAGCUAUGAAUUUGUCUUGAAUGUAUGUUCAUUGAAUGA